AACCAGGAAAUACAAGCCGUGCCCGUGCAGAGAACGGUCCGGCUUCAUGGAGGAAGGAGCGAUAUGGGCAACCGCUGCAGCUGCGGGCGCCCGUGGAAGUGUCCUUCGCUUUUUAAAAGGAAGACGGAAAAGCAAGGAACCAGUGUGAGACAUGAGAGCCAACAGCACCAGUCUGGCAGGAAGGCUCCAGCAUAUGAAAAUGUCAUGGAAUUUCCUGUCUACGCCACCGUGAAUAAACCCAAGAACACAAAGCAGGAUGACAGCAUUCAUUAUGCAGACAUCCAGGUGUUCACCAAGGUGCGGGAGCGCUCUGCGGAAGAAGUGAAGAACUUACAAAUGCAGAAUGCUACAGAGUAUGCCACCCUCAACUUCCCCCGGCCCAGGCUGAAAUAUGACAGCAAGAAUGGGACCUUGGUUUAAAAAGCUUGGUAACCCCUGCCUUCUUCAGCAGCUAAAGGAUUUCACAGACAGAGAGAUGCUGCAGACUCAGGCUAACCUCAUGGACACAUCAAGCCUGCCUGCAGAGCACAGAGGCUGUGUCUUCCACCUGCGCGAGGACACAGAUGCAUUUACUCUCACAUGAGGAGUAGUCGCCUCUGGUUCUGCUGGCCAAAAACCAACCUGUUCCCCUUGGCUCUGCAUGGCUCUGUGUGGGAAUGCAGCAUACAGGUUUCCAUUCUGGGGCAAGGGAGAUGUUUGUUGCCAUGGGAUUUUAUGUUGAUGUUAAGAACAGAAUGUGAUUGAUACCGGGAGGAAAUGGCAUGGAAGUUCUAGCAGUAACUACCGGUCUUCCUCCGGUACCAGCCACUGCAUACUGCAGUCAUGCACAUCAUGCAUCUCCUUUUCUCAAAAAGCAGUGCUUUCUCAGUGUGCACACCAAGGCCAGAAAUACAGAAUUAACUGAGCGGUACAGAACAAUUCCUUUGUUGAAGGUCAGUACCAAUACACAUUCUUACCCCAACAUGUACAGAAGUGAGCAGUGAGCUCUUCUCUCUGAAAAUGAAAGAAGGAAAACCUGCAGCUUAUCUGAAAGGCAGCCACUUAAAGCCACUGCCAGUAUUUAGGGUAGUUAUCCAGUCCUUGGGCUGCAGUAGCUGUUCACAUGCCCGAGACACCGUGAAUGAAUCCUGGACAAUUUUAGAGAAAACUUUUUCUCCAUUAAUUUUUUAUUUUGUACUGUCAGCCUUAGUUAUAAAACCCUGCAACACAGAGCACAUGCCAUGUGGUGUCUUCUGCUAAAUCUCCCAAAUACACUUUUGAGAAUUUGCUUAUGGGUUUAAAAUAGUGUUAGCAAUGCAGGACAGCAGCCAUCCAGAAUCUGCCGCAGGGCUACAUCUGACAGUUGCAGUGCUGGUAGCUGAGCAGGGCUCCCAAGCAGUGUCCUCAGGCCCCAAGUCAGUAGUUGGCACAUUCUGUUCCUAAGUAAUGGUCUGCACAGCCAAACGCAGGUCAUGGAGCAAUCUGUUCAUUGCCAGUGUUGAAAAAUGGACAUCCUGGUACCUAUUAUAAACGUGCAAUGUUUUGGAUAUUAUGGCUCACAUAAAUGUAAGAAGAAAACCAUGAGGGAGUUCCUGCUUGUGACAAAACCUAAAGCUGAUGCGGGUACUGUGUGCUAAGAUGGAAGCUGUGAGGACCAACCCUACAGUUUUUCUACCUGAACAGGUCUUUUUGCUCAUGUUAUCCAGCAGACCUCAGUGGGGCUGUUACAAAGCCAGACUAAGGUUUGUAAAAAGCCCUUUUUAAGUAAUGAAUGGAGACGGUCUAUUUUUCUACCUGAACAGGAAUGUUUUUUGCCUGUACUAUUGAGCUGACCUCAGCUGGGCUAUUCGAAGGCCUGCAGUGUAAGGCAUAGAGUCAUUUAGGUUGGAAAAGACCUCUAAGAUCACCAAGUCCAACCCCAGCCUAUCCCACUGUGCCCAGUGAGCGUCCUUCAGUGCCAUAUCUCUGGCAUGGAACAGCCCUGGAUGUGACCCAGCACUCCCUGGGCAGCACUGGUGGCAUUUUUGAAGUACAGCAUAUCCUGGAGGUGAUCCAGUGCCCUGCGUUAAGAACAGCCGCAGAGAUUCGACUUGACUGCCAGGCCCCGAAAUGAUGAUAAGUGAAAGUCACGCGUUCUGAAGUUUUUUCCUAAAAGCCUUGUUUCUGCAGUGAUUAACGGACUCCAACAGCCUGUCUCCUCUGUUUCCCAAGAUUGGCCUGCGUAGGCAUUAAAUGAGUGUUACUAUAUCGAACGCUCCUUGGACAUUAAAGAUAAGAUUUUUGAUUUGA